AUGUACAGCUUCAUGGGUGGCGGCCUCUUCUGCGCCUGGGUGGGCACCGUCCUCCUGGUGGUGGCCACAGCGACGGACCACUGGAUGCAGUACCGGCUGUCGGGGACCUUCGCACACCAGGGCCUGUGGCGGUACUGCCUGGGCAGCAAGUGCUACCUGCAGACGGAGAGCAUCGGUGAGCCUGGGUCGGGUCUGGGCCUGCGGGCGCUCAUGGCCAGGGGCCACCUGGACUCCAGGUGGGGAUCUCUUCCCCUGAAAAUGACCGUGGGUGCCCCCGCAGCAUACUGGAACGCCACCCGGGCCUUCAUGAUCCUGUCCGCCCUGUGCGCCUCCUCCGGGAUUAUCAUGGGCAUCCUGGCCUUCGCUCAGCAGCCCACCUUCACCCGCCUCUCCCCCCCCUCCCCCCGCCUCUCCCGGCCCUUCUCCGCCGGCAUCAUGUUCUUCGCUUCCACCCUCUUCGUCCUGUUGGCUCUGGACAUUUACACCGGAGUCACCGUCAGCUUCCUCGGCCGCCGCUUCGGGGACUGGCGCUUCUCCUGGUCCUACAUCCUGGGCUGGGUGGCCCUGCUCAUGACCUUCUUCGCAGGCAUUUUCUACAUGUGCGCCUACCGGAUGCACGAGUGCCGGCGCCUGUCCACUCCCCGCUGAGCCGAGGCCUCCCUGCGCUUGUCUGCAAGGUCAAAUGUCACUGAAGAAGGCGCCUGAAAUCCUGGCUCCUGGAGGCAUGAGGGGGCUCCGUUCUGGACGCGGGGUGGGAGCCCCUGACUCCUGUGUCCUAGUGGGGAGAACGGAGCCUGGAGGGAGGGAGCCCAGGACACCCAAGGCCCCUCCUGCAGGGGCUGGUAGAGAAAUGGGACGUUAUUAGAGCCACUCCUGGGGGUAAUAAAACUGAUGUGA